UUUUAAAAAGGUCCCACCCUCACGGUCUGCCAGAACAGCAACUGAAACCGGGACAGUGUGACAGAAACUGAGACCCUGACACGCGGCUCAACACUCAGCAAGGAAGAAACGUUUCCAUGAAGACCAACAGGCUUUGGAUGAGUCUGUAAGAACGGGAAAGUUUCACAGUCAGUCUUUGUUUCUAGAUAUUUAUAUCAGCGCCGAUAAAAAACGUUUACACAGACACAAGAUGCCAUAGCAGUUAUUAAGUCUUUCCUACAAGAGCAAGUAAAGAAUUUCCCAUCCGGGUUAUUUUUUACCCAGGACAGUUUUGAGAAUUGUUUUGUUGUUGGAGAGGAAGGGGGGAUUUGUGUUUUUUUUCCCCUCCCCUUCCCUGGGGAGGUCUAACAGAUCUUCUAGGGACUUCUUUGCCCAAGCACGCUACGACAGAAUAGACCCUCAUUGUGUUGGUGACUGAGCUGAGCCCUGGACCCUUUGCACGUCUUCUGACUUAAAGACCAUGCUGCACCUAAAGAAAUACUUUACGGAGGGCCUCAUCCAGAUGGCCAUCCUGCUCAGCCUAUGUGGAGUGAGGGUUGAUGUGGGACUGGAGCCCUACCUGCCUCCCUCUUGGCACGAGAUGAUCCUGGGUCCGACCUCUGCGCUGACCCAGACGCAGUUCCACAACCUUCGCAACCGCAUGGAGGAAGCCCACGGCCUGCACCCCAAGAAUGUGGACCUGGAUGGGUUCUUCACGACACGGAGGCUGCUGGGCUGGGUCCGCUCUCUGGACAGACUACAGGUUCCUAAUGCAGAGCUGGAGACGUGGCUGGUCCAGCGGGAGCCAGAUCCUCUCCCUGUGGGAUGUCCAGACCAGCCCUCCCUACGGGAGAGAGCACCUGCUGGGGUAGAGAGAGACCGAACCGCCCCACCUGUGGAAUCCAGAGCCGGACCUGGUACCCUGCAGGAAGAAGAGGAGGAGGAUAAAGAGGAAGCAGUGCAUCAUGUACUUAAUCCAAGUGGUGCUCUGGAUGAGAGAGUGGAGGAUGAGGAGGACAACGAGGAAGACCUGGUCAGGAUGCAUAGGCAUUACAGGAGAACAGAGGAAGGAGGAAGACCAGGUGGUUCCCACGGCCGUGCUAACAACAGAGAGCUAACUCAGAAUGAAAUAGACCAGACUUCUGUCUCCCUACAGGAUUGUUUAAGACUGUUGGAGGAAACCUUUCCCUUUACAGAAGAACAGUUAUGUGAUGUUGGCGGGGGAGAUCUGGAGCAUCAACCCCAGCCCAUGCUGCCCCCAGUUAUCCCCAAUGGAAACCCUUCAUUGGACCUGGAGCUCCACUGGCAGGACUUGGUGGCUAUCAUGGAGCCGGAGAACAGGGGUGUUGACAUGAUGACUUCAUUUGAUGAUACCCAAAAUUUGCGAGCAACUGGGGCCCUUCAUGGUGUUCCACAGCAAAACUGCAACAACCAUGAUGAUGAGAUAGCAGAGGCUGAUCAGGAGGUCCUUCAAAUAGAGACUCCCCGGCAGCAUGGUUUGUUGGGGCCACCAAGACUGUCAGAGGUAGAGCCAACCCAGCUUCCACUCAUCCCCAGUGCAGAGUUGGAUGACUACAGUUCAGCCUUGAACAUAAGGGACACUUUGAAAAACUCUAAUGUGAAUCCCUUGCACAGUCCUCCAGACCACAUGGAUCUGCUUGCAGAAGAUCCUUCAGAAGACUUCUGCCUGGGACUAAAUAUAGAAGAUAAUUCGAAUACCUUUGACGUAAAUCUGCUAACACAAGGUCUUGAAGAUCCCAUGGAACGCAGUCCACAUUCACAGUAUGCUCCCUACCCUGAAAACCCUUUCACCCCAUCUCCGGAGGGAAAUGAUAUGACCCAAGACCUUCUGAUGUCAUCCUCCAGUGUCUUUUUGGUUGAUGAGGAGGAUGUCGAGGAUGAGGAUGAUCUCUUUAGCCCACUGAAUGACCUCUUAGAGGAUGAGAUUAGAUUUUUGGACCUGGCUCUGGAGGAAGGAUUCAGUCCUGUGAUGGCAGCCAGGCUGGAGGAGGAGGGCUACCUUGACUGUAAAACAGCUCAACAGGAAACUGGCAGAGACACAGACUCUAGAAUGGCAAUCACAGAUGAUCAGGGUCAACCAAGAAGACAUCAGCAAGAUGGUGAGAAUGAAGCAGACUCCGACUCUGGUCUUUCUCUGGAUUUCAGCCACAGCCCUGCUUCUCCAUGUGCUUCAGAGGCCUCCUCUUAUUCCUCUUCCUCUUCCUCUUGUGUGUCAGCUGUGGACAGUCCCUUCUAUGAAGACGAGGAUGCUGAUGAAAGCUUUGUUGGUUCAGAUAUGGAAGUGGAGGUGAAAAUAAAGCAGGAGGAGCUGGAAGAGGAGGAGAUGGGGGCAGUAGGAGGAGAGUACCCCGAAGAUGUCACGAAACCCUUUCCUCCCAACUAUGGGGAUCACAAGAUAUUUAACGGCUUUCCUUGGCUGGAGCAUAUUGGCCACGAUCACACAUACAACCAGCCCUGGUCAUCUGCCUCCUCUCCAUCCCUGGGCAAGCUGCCCACCAAACACACCAAAUCCUCCCUGCGACAUGACACCGCCAAGCCUUACCACCAUUCGUCUUCCAGACACAUCACCGAGACUAAAAUGUGGAGCCGAGAUCAACGCCGUGCACAAGCCCUGAAAGUCCCUUUCUCCAAUGAGCUGAUUGUUAACCUCCCAGUGGAGGAGUUUAAUGACCUACUGGCCAAUUACCAACUCAAUGAGGAGCAGCUUACCCUCAUCAGGGACAUAAGACGGCGCGGUAAGAACAAGAUAGCCGCCCAGAACUGCAGGAAGAGGAAACUAGACAUGCUGCUGGGACUUAAAGAUAACGUGUCCAGUUUAAAGCGCUACCGUUCACGGCUGCUCCGAGAGAAACAGGAAGCCCUGAGGAAUCUGCUGGAAAUGAAGCGGCAACUGGGCACGUUGUACGAGGAAGUCUUUUCCAGGCUGAGGGAUGAGGAAGGGAGGCCGCUGGAUGCUAUGGAAUACCUGCUUCAUUUUGAGUCUGAUGGUAGUGUCACGGUGGCUUCACACCAACAAGGGGCAGCGCUGCCAAAACGCAGCAAGAAACAGAGGGACAAGAAGAAGUGAAGAGGCGGACAAGCCAUUACAAAAUGUAAGGAGCGUAAAGAGAACCCUUAACAGGAGUGUGAUCAAAAGCACAAAAGAUGCAGGAAAUACUAUUGCAGUGGGGAAUAAAGGAACACAGAAAUUUGUUAUCUGCUGAUCUGGUAAAAGGUACCAUGAACAGAUAUCCCUGACAGUGAUGUUUUUAUUUAAAGAUGUGGUGAAUGCUUGAAUGGACGGAAGAAACUUACCUUUACUCCAGGAUGUGUUGCUCUCCAUUCUUCAUUAUUACAUGUUCUACACUGGAAAAGGACAGGAGACAACUCAUGUGAAGCUCCAACAACUUGGGUUCUCAAGCUCAAACCACAAUGGUACUACACAGUGGAAUGAGGAUCUGAGGACCUGGGACCAGCGUUUUGAUAUGCUGUACCAAUGCUUAUGCACACUCCUGCUCCUCUUACAUCAGCACCUCAGAGACUUGGAAAUAUUGAGUUGGACAAGCCAGCAGGCUGGAUCCU